AUGCGUCUCUUGGUGUUAUGCGCUUGUCUUAUUGUUGCUAUUGCUUUUGUGUACAGUAAACCUAUCAUUUCUCAAAUGAAUAAAUUCAAUGCGAUCAUUACAACAUCGUCUUCGUUACAGAUUUUGAACGAUCAAUUCAAUAAUAUUGCUGGUCAAAUUAUUGAUGUCCUGUCACCAAUCGAAUUGCAAAUACUACAACAAAAAGCCGUUCAACUGGCUGUGAAUGUUUAUAAUGGUAAAGUUGAUAGUAUUACAGCUGCUGAUCAACUACUGCAACAUCUUGAACAAUAUCUUGGCUCAAAUUUACAAGUUUUUAGUACCGUCAAACCUCUUGUUCAACAAUUAACUGAGGCUGUUAUUCUAGUUGUACCUAUUUUACCAUCAAAUAUUGGAAAACAUGAAGUAUCUGCUUCCCAUACUAGCCUCAAUGAUCUUCUUGUAUUACUCGAUCAAUUGCAACUUCAUACUUGGAAUGCUGUUAUUGCUGUAUUUCCAAAAUAUUCAGAUUUAGUUAAUCAACUCGUCGAUGCCAUUGAUCAAAUUACGAAUGCCUUCUCAUCACCACAAUUGAACUCACUUGCACAGCAAAUUGUUUACCUAGCUCUCGAUGUCUAUGAUGAGAAAGUUGGUAUAUAUGUGGCUGCUGAUCAACUAUUCCUACAAGUUAAACAAUAUCUUGGUUCAAAUGCAAAAAUUUUUAGCAAUAUCCAAUUUUUUGCUCAGCAGUUAAUUGAUGCUAUUAUUCUAGUUGUACCUAUUUUACCAUCAAAUAAUGGAAAACAUGAAACAUCUGCUGCUCAUGUUGAUGGUUUUGCAGUAAUUCAACAAAACAAACUUCAAGGACCAUAUCUACUUAAAUUUGAAAUACAUACGUAUAAUCCGAAUGCACCAAAACAUGAAAAAAAACGUCUUGCUCAUAAAUGGGAGAAGGAAUUGCCAGAUAUACCACAUGAAAUGGACCUGUUAUUAAAUGUACGUCUUAAGUAUACUGCUGAUCGUUAUCGUUUGCAACUCAUAAUUCUCGAUUAUAAUGGUAAAGCAUUAAUUUGUUAUCAACCCAUUAUGUUAACACCGUAUGGUAUAGUAGAUACGAUUUUAUCAAAAGGUCAAAAUACUUUUAAGAUGCAAAAUGAUGACGGUCGUAUACAAGAUAAUUGA